CUUUAACAGCGCCAUUUCUUAUCCCAUACAAUUAAAUGCAAAAUAAUUAUAAGUACAAGAUAUUUUAUGAUAAAGAAGUAGUUCUUUUAUAAUUAGUUUGUUGUCAGUAGAAUACGAUUGCAAGUACUUCAGUUGCAUGGUCAGUCCACUUGUGAAUUUGUGUCAUCAUAGUAUUCCCAGAGUUUUUGAGAUAGUCAUGCAUUUGACCGUUUAUCUUCUCACCUUUCAUGCUGCGAUUUGCCUGGUAAUUGCAACUCCAGCCAUCGCCCACAAGACCACCUACCCACCUGAUUACGACGCGGCCACGGUUUCACAAGCAAUUUCCGAUUGGAAACCGGGUAAAGGGACAAAUGUGUGGGCUUUGAGUGGCCUGAGACAGGGGGACAUCAUGGACACGCCUGCCGGACAUUCUAGAAACUCCAUAAGAGACCCCGAUUUCAAAUGGAAAAACAAAACCAUGCCCUACGUUUUCCAACACGGCUUCAUGCCGGAGGAGAAAAUUGAAAUAAAAAGAGGCAUGGAGAUGAUAAUGAAUGGCUCCUGUUUUCGUUUUCGGCCCUACCGACACGGUGAUGUCGAUUUUGUAAAUUUCGUCCAUGACGAAUCUGGUUGCUGGUCGUACCUAGGCCGAGUGGGCGGAGGACAAAUGCUGAGUCUGCAAAGGGGCAACUGCAUUCAGUCCGGAGUCGUCGCCCACGAGCUCCUGCACGCCAUCGGGUUUGAUCACCAGCAUUGUGCAGUAAACAGGGACGACUAUAUUUUCAUAAAUUUCACCAAUCUUGACAUAGAUGACUAUGUAAAUUUUGACAAAGUCAGUAUGAGUGAGUACACGGACUUUGGCCUCGGAUACGACUAUGUCAGCAUAAUGCAUUAUGGAAGAACUGCUUUCUCUAAAAACGGAGAGGACACCAUUGUUCCAUAUGAAAAGUACGCUCGCAUAGGACAGCAACGAUUUGUUUCCGUAAAUGACUUCAAAAAACUCAAUCUGAUGUACGAAUGCGAUCGUGAUGACGAUGACUUUAGCCGUAAAAAGGAAAAAUGUCAAAACUGAGUUUCUGGAACUUCAGUGAAACUUUUCUAAUAAUCAUGAAUGAUGAUUUUCAUUUUUGAUUAAAUUAAUAAUGCAUUUAAUCAAUAAAAAUAAUUUAAUGGAUUAAAUAUUACACCGCCUUCAAGUAAUAAAUUAUAUUUAAUUAAUUUUAUAAUUUAAAUUGUGUUGGACCAAAUUUGGGCAGCGAUUUCCCAAGUAAUAUGUCAAUAAACAUGCGUUGCAACUUAACAAUCACUUUUAGGAACUAUGCAUUUGAAAUUUUUUAAUGUGUCGAGUUUUAAUCUUUUAUUUAAUAUAAUUUUUUUAUUACAUAUUUUAUUGUUGUAAAU